CUUCAUUCCUCCUCUCUCCCUGUUUGCUUUCUAAUUUAGUCUAAAGAUAUCAAUCCAACAAUAAUAGCUGUUGUCAACUCCUGUUUGUUUCCCACAAAAAUCCCAUGCAAAACAUCUAAAGUUCAGAAAAUUUUCUUUUUGAUGAUGAUUUCUGUCAGCUGGAUGCCAUAUUUUCUUUGUUUUUCCCCACUUUUUAAAUCCGAUUUUGGCUGUCAAUGAUGAGAAUUCGCUGAGGAAGGAAGAGAAAUAUCACGGUUCCAUCCAGUUUUCACCUAAGAUUUCCAUCCGGCUUCGUGUUCAUCUGGCGUGCGGAUUCAUACCGAGGGAUUUGAUGCCGAUAUCCAUUGGGUACUCAUGAUCUCGCUUCUUUGCUGUGUUAAGGGAGAUUUCAUGCCAUCAUGAAUAACCAGUCCUAUGGGCCAGGAAGUCCAAAGUCCUUUCUUGCUUACCCUAGGGGGGACUUUGACUUAGAAUCUGGGAACUCAUGGAAGGUCCGAAAGUCCAAAAAUUUGCAAUCUGAACCCCUCAGGAUGCUCAAAUCCAUAGGAAAUCGCAUUUACUAUUUCUACAAGUUGCACCCUGUUGCAAUUUUUCUCAUCUCAUUGUCCUUUGGAGUAAGCAUUCUGAUUGUUCUAUCUGCAUAUGAAAGCCGUUUUAGAAUGAUGGGUUACCGGAGGAUUGAUGAUCUGACUCUGGGUUCGGGUUCUUAUCCUUUUGCGAAUCUUCACAAUCUUGUCAUGGUUGCUGGACAUUCAAUCUAUACUAGCAGCAGUUGUGGGAAGACUGACCGUGAGGAUUCGUGGUUCCUGGAGCCAUAUCAGAAGCAUCCAGGUCAAGCUGCUACAUUUUUGUUACAUAUAAAAGAAGGGGUGGAGAUUGCAGCUAAGGAUGAGGGAGCUCUUCUUUUGUUUAGUGGUGGGGAAACUCGAAAGGAUGCUGGCCCUCAAAGCGAGGCCCAGAGUUAUUGGACAGUUGCAGAAUCAAAAGGCUGGUUUGGGAAACAAGAUACUGUGAGGAGCAGAGCACUCACAGAGGAGCAUGCAAGAGACAGUUUUGAGAACCUUCUUUUUAGUGUCUGUCGGUUUCGAGAACUUACUGGCACUUACCCACACAAUAUUACUGUUGUGAGCUAUGAUUACAAGGAGGAAAGAUUUGUAUCUUUACAUCGUUCUGCAAUUGGGUUUCCAGAAGGGAGGUUUUUCUUUUUUGGCACGCCGACUUCUCCGGCUGCAAAAGAGGCUGCAAAGAAAGGUGAAGCUUCUGUUAGGGUCCAGUUCCAAGAAGACCCAUAUGGAUGUUUAGGUUCUCUUCAUCGUAAGAAGCUCAAGAGGGAUCCAUUUCAUCGGACUGUUCCUUAUCCCAAUGGAUGCCCUGAGCUGAAAGGCUUGUUCAGCUAUUGCGGUCCAGUUCCUUAUCCGGGUUCUCUUCCAUGGACCCACUAGGAUCAAGGUUGAAUGGAAUUCAUCUCCUUCACAAUUAUGCAGAUUUGACAUCCUAACCUCAAGUCAGAUGCAGCAUAGUUCUUGAAUCUUACUGUAGUCCAUCUCAUCUUUUCCCUUGUGCAUGUUAUGUAAUUAAACUAUGAGAAAAUGAAGUUCUACAGCCAGGAUUUUACAGAAAAAGGAUCAGAUUGUGUUUUAAAAAUAU